CACGAAGGUAGUGAGGCCUGGUUGAAAGCCAUGGAGAGCGCUCUGCCUGCCGCCGGCUUCCUGUACUGGGUGGGCGCGGGCACCGUGGCCUACCUGGCCCUGCGCAUCUCGUGCUCGCUCUUCACGGCCCUUAGGGUCUGGGGUUUGGGUCACGAGGCGGGGGUCGGACCGGGGCUCGGUGAAUGGGCAGUUGUCACAGGUAGUACUGAUGGAAUUGGAAAAUCAUAUGCAGAAGAGUUGGCAAAGCGUGGAAUGAAGAUUGUCCUUAUCAGCAGAUCACAGGACAAACUGAACCAGGUUUCCAGUGAAAUAAGAGAAAAAUUCAAAGUGGAAACAAAGACCAUUGCUGUUGACUUUACAUCAGAAGAUAUUUAUGAUAAAAUUAAAACAAGCUUGGCAGGUCUUGAAAUUGGUGUUUUAGUGAACAAUGUGGGAAUGUCAUAUGGGUAUCCGGAAUACUUUUUGGAUGUUCCUGACUUGGACAGUACCAUCAAGAAACUGAUAAAUGUUAAUGUUCUUUCUGUUUGCAAGAUGACAUGGUUGGUACUGCCUGGCAUGGUAGAAAGAUCUAAAGGGGCAAUUCUGAACAUCUCCUCUGCCAGUGGCAUGUACCCAGUUCCACUGUUGACCAUGUACUCUGCAACCAAGGCUUUUGUAGAUUUCUUCUCUAGGUGCCUCCAUGAGGAAUAUAAGAGCAAGGGCAUCUUUGUGCAGAGUGUCCUGCCCUACUAUGUAGCUACGAAACUGGCUAAAAUUCGAAAGCCAACUUUGGAUAAGCCCUCUUCAGAGACGUUUGUGAAGUCUGCCAUUAAAACCGUCGGUGUGCAAUCCCGAACCAACGGAUACCUGAUCCAUUCUCUCAUGGCCUCAGUAGUCUCAAGUCUGCCUUCCUGGUUGUAUUUUAAAGUGACCAUGAAUUUAGGCAACUCCACCCGGGCUCGCUAUCUGAAGAAAAUUAAGAAGAACUAAGCAUUGGUAACCGUGUUGAGUAACUUGACCAGAUGUUCCAGCCUAGGCAUGUUUGCUGCAAGGCACCCACCAUCUCCAAGUCUUCAGUUGUCAUGUUAAUUAACAGUUACUGAUAAAGCUAAAUGUCAUAAUUGAGAGGAAAGCAGAGUUGCUUUCAGGAGUUCCUGACAUAUAUUCUGGAUGCUACCAGGAGUUAUUUUGAAAUGUAACAUAAAUGCCCCUAUCAAAUAGAUACAGAACUAACAUUAGCAAGAACUGCUUACUAGGAAGGAACACAAUUAUAACAAAUCACUGAAUGAUAGAGUCAGAUGUAAGGCUUAAGAGUUUCA